AUGAAUCACAAUCUCGCCCAUUCUCACCCCAUAACACGCUGCGAGGUUUGGACAUGUAGAACCCUGCAAGUUCUGGUCCCAGCCCCACAUGGGCUAUCACAUCCUCCACAACUAAAAGUGUUACUGCAAUACCGAGCAAAGCUGGCACGCCUCUCGGACACAAUUGUGCACUUUGCCAAUUCAGAUCGAUUCACCCAGUCGAAGGCCAGUCAGCCAACCAACCAUCCAGCCCGUCGUCCGAUCCUUCAUCCAAUCGUUUCGUUGUUCUCGUUUGGUCGAGGAAACUUUCUGCCUGCAGGGCAAACCUGGGCUUUGUUGGGGUGGAAUGCUAGAUCGGUCUCUGGUCCUGUUGUUCAGCUGAACAACAAUAGCAAGCUUGCUGUAGGGGAUCUCUAUGGUACGGCCAAGUCGGUCUUGCUGACUGUAAUGCAAAAUUUGUUGAUUGAAUAG